AUGACUGAUGGUCUCCGCCCCUUUCUCCUCCGGAUUCUUGUAAUUACUAUGUAGAAAAAAUGGGAAGAACUAGCGGGGAACCGGUGGAUACAACACGAUUCGCAAUGUAACAUAAGUGGAGCGAUAUAACGAAUGGGCAGAGAACGUCUAUACUAAUCGGACUUUAGAAAUGUGUUCUGACCAGACAAGGGAAGAGUUCUACAAAACAAGGUGCUCAUGAAGAAUGGAACUAACCAUGUUUAACUUUGAUCAUUGAACACACCCUAAUGGAUUACGUAAGCUCCGCUGAACCAGAUGUUGAUGCCUUCAUCUGCACAGAAUGUGGGGAUGGCUUCAGGCGCUACCUUGACUUGGUUAAACACAUUACUGUUCAUGAACGACUCAGGACUCAUGAACAAACAGAUUCGUUUUCCCUUGACAGUUUACCCAAUGGGUUUCAAGUUCCCCGUGAGUAUGCUCUCCAUGAAAACGGAACUUUCAUAGUGGUUGACAGAUCUGGACCAUCAAACAACCCAUCUUCAACUCCUUCACCUUAUCAGAAUUCAAAGACCAUUGUACUCAAAACUAAGCCAGCAAAAACUGAUCUACGUGUCAACACAGUGUCUCACUCCCAGUGCCGCGGUGUCUCUCCUCUAAAACAGUACCGAUGCGAAACAUGUGGAAAAUUGUUUAACAACCAGCUGAGUUUACAACGACAUCAACAGUAUCGUAAUUUAGAGCAAGGUUAUAAGUGCACCUUGUGUUGCAAGAUCUUCACAGAUAAAGAGAGGCUAAGGGAACAUCUCCAAGAACAUGCCCAUGAAAUAUUCUACUGCUGUGGUCAGUGUGGAAAACGCUUUCUGAAACAAGAGACCCUGUAUGCUCAUCAAAAAGAGCAGCAUGGAUCGCUGGGGCUCAAAGAAAUGGGGAAGUCAGACAAUGGUCAAGAGAACAUAAUACAGAAAACAUAUCCCUGUAAGAAGUGUAAUCUGUGUUUUUUCUGGCUCUCCGACUUGCAGAGCCACUUACUGAGUCAUUCCAAAGACAAACCAUUAUAUGUGAACUCUUCAUCCAAAAUCGAGCAACAGUGUCAGAAAGAUGAGCGAUCACAUACCAUCGAGUACAGUGACAGCACCCCUACCGAUGUGACGAAACAGUACAGCAGCGGCACCCCUACUACCGAUGUGACCAAACAGUAUAGCAGUGACGCAACUGUUAAUGUGAAGACCCACAAUGGCAAAUCUGAUUCCAAAACACCAUCCUCUUUCAGACCAUACCGCUGUGGUUUGUGUGGAGAUCGCUUCCAACAGUUAACAGACUUGAAGGAGCAUCAUCUUACCCAUCAGACACAAGAAGAAAUUGACAAGUUAAAUAAGGAUUCAGAGUCACAAAGAGUUGUAAAAAGGCGGCGAAGGUAUACUGGCAUUGAGUGCAUCGUAACAAAAGCACCUGCAAGGAAGGGAGGAAGGCCCCCACUUUAUAAAAAAGGCUCUGGGACAAAAUUACAUCCAUGCAAGCACUGCCACCGUGUAUUCAGUCACUCUAGUAGUCUUUCUCGGCACAAUAGAUCCCACAAGGGGACUCUUCACACUUGUGUUCUCUGUGGGAAACAUUUUCCACAACGCUGUGAUGUCCGGAGGCAUAUAGCCAUGUAUCACAAACCUGAAUUGGAGAAGAAGCCAAGUCUUAAGUACUUGGCAUUACAUUCUAAACCAGAUGGUGGUUCCCAAUUGAAUUCUGAUGUGUUGGAACAGAAUGCGUCAUCUGAAGGAAAACCCAAGAAAUCUUUAGACGGUGUUGUAACAGAAUUGGACAGUGACAAUGGUGACGAUCAACAAACCACAUCUACUGGAGAAGUGUUCGCUGCUCCUAAGGCACGGAGGAACUACAAGUGUGACCAAUGUGGGAAAAAGUUUGGGCUGCUGUGUGUGUACCAACGGCAUUUGCGGUACCACAAAAGGGAACCGGGUAGUGAAAUGGUUAAGUGCCCUCGCUGCCCAAGUCGCUUCCGGAGUUCUUCUGCUCUAGGGCGCCAUCUUGAGAUUCACCCAAGUCAGUCAAGCGGGGAAACGGACAUGGAAGGACGGGCAUCUCCCACUGCUGACUCCAAUCCAGACCUGGACUCUGACCAAGACAAUGCAAAGGAUUUAGUCGGUCAUGGGGACAUUGACGAUGUCAAGGGUGGGAAUGGUGAAAACAUUGGUCCAGCAGAGGUGCUGUAUGAAUGCACUGAGUGUACAGAGACUUUUUCUUCGUUGCAGAAGUUUCUGAAGCACCAGAGUUCUCAUGGGUCCGAUAACCUUGGAUAACUAUAUGCAUGGUAUUUAUAUCCUGAGGUCCGAACCCUAACUUGAGAUCGAUGCACAUACCACGAAUUGUUGCACUGUUAUGCAGACCUCAAUUCAUGAUUUACGGAAUUCAGAGUUACUUGCACAUGUCUCGAGUUACGAUUCUUUCCUUGAUGAUGGAGCAGUUAACAAGUGUUUUAUGCUAUGAAUUGAGGAACUACAACCAGUAUGGUUCUUGUGGUGGGUGGGUCAUUAAUUCUGAACUUUGAUGUAGCACUGCAUAGAUCAAGAUGGUGACUGGGAAUUACUGAGAUUUUUUAAAUGUAUUUUCUACGCUCAUGUGAAUUUGAGGUCUGUUUUGUAUCAAUGUUUUAGAUUGUUUUGGUUACUUCCAGUUAAACCUUUGACAUUACCCCUGGAAAGGCCAUGGUGUGGGAAUAAUGCCUUAAUAUGCUCUGAGAGCAUUAUUGAAGCUAGUAGUCGAGCACAAUUUGCUAAAGACCAAGUGGAAAUAACGUUUUUGCAGACAGAUUUGGACCCAUGCAAAGCGUUAAGAUGGUUUGAGGUAACAAUGACUGUCCAUUUUGUAAAGUAAUUAGAAAAGUUUUUUUGCAAGUGCAAUUCCAUUGGGAUUUUGCUUUAAAACAAUUGAAGAUGUUAUUUAUUUGCAUUUGCCAAGUCUUUACAACCAUGGUGUCUUUCUCAAGAUCAAAAAAAAUCUGUCAAGGUCAGAUGUUCCCAAACUACCAGACCAGGAAUGUUUUGUAUCAUUUUGAAAGGCUUUCUCAUGUAUCAUCUUUUCACUAUAUUGUGGUCUUGUCUCUCAAUUCACUUAAUGGUUCUGUUAUCUAGAUUAGUGGUUCCCAAUGAGGGGUACUUAGCCUAUACACAGGGGGUACUUGAGACGACUCAUGAGACCAUAGGUCUACUGGUAAAAUGCACAUACUUCAGGGGUUGUCUGGGCAGAGCAAAAUUCAGUUGGUGGUACAGUAACCGAAAAAGAUUGGGAACCACUGCUCUAGAUGUUUUCUGCUGCCAGUCCUCCGGGUGGCCACUGAUCUGUUCACACGAUCAGCAUGUUUUUCCAUAAGGCACGACAAAGUCAAGUGAUUCCAAUGCAAGCCACAUGUAGCAUUGUGAUGUAAAUUAACAUUUUCAAAUGGUACUGUUGCUUCCUUUAUUGCCUACCAAACGACAACACAUGCAUUGGCCCUGAUUUUAUGUUAAUUUGGUGCCAUUAAAUUUGAAAGAAAUUUAUAUUUUCCUAAAAAUCAAAUGAUUGACCUAUUUAAAUGACCCAUCCAGUCAUGGUUUUCAACUAAUGAUGAAUGUGAUAAGGUGGAAAUGUCAGUUUUGUGACUUUCCAACUCGUGGUCAGUUAGAUCCUUUUCUGCCAGUACUUUGUGUUGCCUACACUGAAAUAUUCCUCCUACACAAGUUAUAGAAGCACCAUGUCUGGGAUCCAUAGGAUGAUGGUUUAUAUCAAUUAUAUGUAAGAUGGGAUGUAGUUUCUCAACCAUAAAGAAAAUCAUGGCGGGUUCAGACUUUUAAAUGAAUCUGUGUCCCAGGUGUUGAACACAAGAAAUUCAGUAGACCAGACUUGUUCAGAAUCAUGUAGCAAGGACAGAGGUGUCUUUGGGGGAAAAAUAAAAUUGCCUCUGACAAACGUGAUCUUGUUCCCAGAAACUUCUGCCCAAAUGCUCAGAGAGUCUGGUGGAUCAGCAAGUCAAACUUGGCCUUUGUUAGCCAAUACAGAAAGACAGGGAGAAACUCACAGUGCAUAGGCAUUGGUUCAAUCUGCUUAAUCUACCAAACAAUCAUCUCCCACAAACACUUCCCAAUAACCUCGCAGUCGUGUGAUUCGCUCAAAUUAAAUGAUGACAAAUAUUUUACUCAAGUCACUAUUCUAGAAUGUUAUGGUCACUCCCACUAAGGACAACUUUGAAUCGUUCAUAUCCCAGGCUUAGAUGCACUGUGCGCAUUAGCCUGGGGACAAGGUUAUGACCAGCGUCACUGUCCUUUGUACUGGUCACUCCUAUUGUGCCUUUCCUUCACCUGGCAGGUCUCCCUAGGGCUGCUUCCCGAUUCCUGACCUUUCUUCCGGAAGUGGGCACUGCCGUCUAUACAAUGGAAACUAAUGCUUACACUAAUCCAAUGCCUUGAGGGAGCAUGAGCAAGUGCACACUUUGGUGAUAAAGGUAGAGGAUCGGAUUGUAUCCAAUGGCCCAAUCCAAAAUCGACCCCAGACCCUACCUCCUAUGCACUUUUGGGGAUUUGACUGGUGUUUGCAACAUUGUGAAACUUCCACCUAGCUCAUCGGUGAGCAAGUGGAGCUAUUGCCAUAUUGCUUACAGAGCGUUGGACUAGUAACCGGAAGGUUGCAAGUUCAAAUCCCCGAGCUGACAAGGUACAAAUCUGUUGUUCUGCCCCUGAACAGGCAGUUAACCCACUGUUCCUAGGCCGCCAUUGAUAACAAGAAUGUGUUCUUAACUGACUUGCCUAGUUAAAUAAAGGUAAAAUAAAAAAAACUGUCAAAUCACCACAA